AUGUCAAAGCGAGGGCCAGCCGGGGUAGUUAUAUGGCCGUGCCCGCGACAUUCGCCAUUGGCUAGGCUAAUCAAUCUCUUGGCUGCACCUCCGCCCAAUGCCUCCGCCCAUGCCUCCGGCCAGUCGCGAUCGAUUACGCCAGGGAUAGUCUGCGCCCUAAAUAUCCUUAUAAAUUAUCCUUUUCGAUCUUCUCCAGGACUGAAAGUUCAAUUCCAAGAUUUCCGCUAUUACAUCGCAAGCCAUCUCAUUAUUAUUCAAUCUGAUAUAGAUUUGAUCAUCGCUCCACAUCUGGUCUAUAAAAACCUCUUCGGCAACCAAAAGCAAGUUCAUGGAAUGAUUCAACCAGAAGGGUACUCUGUAAGCCCAAGUGCCUGCAGUGCCUUUGGAGAGGCUCUACUGGAUACCACCUUGGCGGAGCUAGAUCUUCUUGCUUGGGAUCAGAUACCGGCAUUCCCAGAUAUUGCCCCGAGCUAUGAUGUGCCUAAGACGAACUUGACCUGGAAUCCGGGAAAUCAAGUCCCUAUCUUUCAGAAUACAACGGAAGGGCCAAUUGCAAGCAAAGAAAACCCCUCCUACCACCAGCUUCAAAGGAAGACGAAGUAUGUUGCGAUAUCAUCUUUCGAAAGCUCGGCUUUGUAUGGUGCUGAUAAAAAUUCAUAA